AUGUCGAAAAUCACAGUCGCCGGAGUGCGCCAAAAUGUCCAACAACUCCUCGAUUACUCGCUGAAUGAGAAGAAGAGAAACUUUCUCGAGACGGUUGAGCUCCAGAUAGGCUUGAAGAACUACGAUCCUCAGCGUGACAAGCGUUUCUCUGGCACCAUCAAGCUGCCAUCCGUUCCCCGCCCGGGCAUGAGCAUCUGUGUCCUCGGUGACCAGCAUGAUAUUGAUCGUGCUAAGCAUCUCGGUAUCGACUCUAUGUCCACUGAGGACUUGAAGAAGCUGAACAAGAACAAGAAGCUCAUCAAGAAGUUGGCGCGCAAGUAUGAUGCAUUUGUCGCCUCCGACAGCAUCAUCAAGAUGGUUCCCCGGCUUUUGGGGCCUGCUGGUAAAUUCCCAACCCCGGUCUCCCACGCCGAAGAUCUCUCCAACAAGAUCAACGAUGUCAAAUCCACCAUCAAGUUCCAGCUGAAGAAGGUUCUUUGUCUUGGUGUUGCCGUUGGCAAUGUCGGAAUGACUGAGGACGAGCUGAUCUCCAAUAUCAUGUUGGCCAUCAACUACCUUGUCAGUUUGUUGAAGAAGGGAUGGCAGAACGUUGGCAGCUUGACGAUCAAGGCGUCUAUGUCCCCACCCAAGAGAUUAUAUUAG